GUAAGAACUAAGAAGAUGGUAAAUGAUCUCUGCCCAAUGGUUGCUUAAACUUUUCGUUGCUAAUUGCUAUGCUUAUUGAAGCAAAACCCAUAUCAGCCGCCUCUGAGCUGCACCCAGCCACAUCUUUUUCAUUUCUGUAACAAUCACGGUGAACAUGAAGGUCAUGGUAGCCAUCAAACGGGUCAUUGACUAUGCCGUCAAGAUACGGGUUAAACCGGAUAAGGUAUUUACAAGUUCCUAUGGAAAUAGUAUUUGUGGUUGCAAGACACAAAAAAUCUGAUUUUUAGUGUAUUCAUUUGCGAUUCCCUUGUUCUUGAUUCAAUUGAUACUUUUAUUUCCCUAAGAGUGGUGUAGAGACCAGCAAUGUGAAGAUGUCGAUGAACCCAUUUUGCGAAAUUGCUCUGGAAGAAGCGCUCCGAAUGAAAGAAGCGGGUCUGGCUACGGAAGUGGUGGCGGUGACUGUUGGCCCGACCCAAUCAGUAGAUACUUUGCGAACCGGGUUGGCCAUGGGUGCGGACCGGGCGAUUCAUGUUGAAGAACCCAGGACUCUUUACCCUCUUUCGAUUGCAAAGAUUCUGAAAGCUCUUGUUGAGUUGGAGAAGCCUGGACUUCUUCUCCUUGGCAAACAGGCAAUUGAUGAUGAUUGCAAUCAGACUGGUCAAAUGGUUGCAGGACUUCUUCAGUGGCCGCAAGGAACCUUUGCUUCAAAGGUCGUUGUGGAACAAGAAAAACAGACAGUAACUGUAGAGAGAGAGGUUGAUGGUGGGAUUGAAACAUUGUGUUUGGACCUACCUGCAGUAAUCACCACUGACUUGAGGUUGAACCAACCGAGGUAUGCAACACUCCCUAACAUAAUGAAAGCAAAGUCGAAGCCAAUCAAGAAGAUUACCCCUCAGGAGUUGAAUGUGGAGAUAAAAUCUGAUAUCGAGAUCGUGCAAGUUACUGAGCCUCCCAAGAGGAAAGCUGGAGUUAUACUCUCUUCUGUGGAUGAGCUUAUUGACAAACUCAAGAAUGAAGCACGAGUCAUUUGAGCCUCUUUUUCAAUUCUUUAGUUUUUCACUCGAUUGUUAUUGCACCUUCCUAAAAUCAUCAUUCCCGCGUUCAACUUCUAAGUAUUAUAUUAUUAAAAUAUAAAAUGAAAAAAAACAUACAAUUGUUUAUGGGGAAAAUAAUUAAGGAAGCUCAUAGUCCGUCUUGGCUAUCCC